AUGAAAGUUGUCGUAUUCUUUGCACUGGCGCUCUUUGCCGGCGGAGCCUCUGCCGCCUGGCACCAGGUUUGGUCAGAUGAGUUCAAUGGAAACCACCUCGAUGACAACAACUGGGCCUACGAGACUGGUUGCAGUGGCUGGGGAAACAAUGAGCUGGAGUGCUACACCGCCCACCGAUCGCAGAAUGUUCGUGUGGAGAAUGGCCACCUGGUGAUCGACGUGAAGGUGGAGGACUUUGAAGGAAAGCACUUCACCUCGGGUCGCAUUCACUCGAAGCAUGCCUGGACUUUCGGCAAAUUCGAGGCUCGUGCCCGCCUGCCCAGUGGUCACCACCUGUGGCCGGCCAUCUGGAUGAUGCCCAGAGACUCAAAGUACGGAACGUGGGCUGCCUCGGGUGAAAUCGACAUUAUGGAGCUGCGCGGUGAUAAGCCGCAUGAGAUCAUGGGCACUAUCCACUACGGAGGAAGCUGGCCGAACAACAUCUACCACGGCUCGGGAGAGAAAAGCUACCCUCAGGACUUUAGCCAGGACUAUCACACCUUUGCCGUCGAGUGGUCACACACUGACAUCAAGUGGUUCGUUGAUGGACACCACUUCCACACUGAGAACAUCAACAAGAACAUGUGGUCUGGAAAGGGCCACAACCCCUACACCAAAAACGGACAGCCCUUUGACCAGCCCUUCCACUGGAUUCUGAACGUUGCCGUUGGCGGCAACUUUUUUGGCCCCGGCCCCUACGUGACCAAGGAGCAGGCCCAUCAGUGGCAUAAGCACACCAUGGAGGUGGACUACCUGCGUGUCUACGAAUGGAAAUGA